AUGGACUCUUCCUCCUCCAACACUGUUGCCAACAACAACAAUGUCUGGCUUUUCAACCCAAAUCUCAUCGGGUACGGACGUAUUGUGCUCGCGAUUAUGGCGAUGUACUACAUGUCAUCGUCGCCAUGCUGCGCAAUGAUUUGUUAUGCAUUGAGCGACGCCUUCGAUGGGUGGGCAGCUCGCUUCGGAGCGAUGCUCGAUCAGCUCACCGAUCGUUGCGGGACCCUCGCCCUCGUUAUGGCUCUCUGCAAGUUCUUUCCGGAUCACUUGUUCCUCCUUCAGCUCUCGGCAGUCAUCGACAUCGCGUCCCACUGGCUCCACCUCCACGCCACUGACCUCUCCGGUGCAAUCUACGACACGACCGAGGGAAGCAUCAGUUCUUCGCAAUGCUUCUGUCAUGACAUUGCACGCAUCGACAAUGGACUUCCAGGAUUCGGGAAACACAAGGGCUCCGGCUGGCAACAAUUGAUGAUCCAGAACUGCUGCGACUUGUGUGUUCAAACGGAUCCAAUCCUUUUGUUCCUCCUCUGUGCGGUUGUUGGUGGUGGAGUUGGGACGUUCCGGAUGAUACUGGCUGGUGACAGCAAUUGGAGCAACUCCAAACUCUCCAGUUGUUCUGACAGCCUCCAAGUGCUUGUCAGCUUUGGCUUUGUUGGUGAACGUCCAAUCACAGCAUUCACAAGUGACUGUUCCACGAAUCUUAUGUUUCCUGACCAUGUGAAUGGCAAUUUUCUUGCAUUUGAUUCUCUUGUCGCAUAA